GUAUAGGCCUAGGGCCUACACACACACACACACACACACACACACAAAAUAUACCCUAAUUCAUUAAAAGCUCGAGCUGAAGUUAAAAUGCCAGCAGUAACGUGAAAGACCCAGGAAUGAGCGAAAGUCUGUUGUUACUUCUGAUGUCAGUCCUACUUUUGCCUGGACAUGUGAUCAUUACUGAUGGAGCUACUCUCAGACCAGAACUUACUGGGCCUAGUAUGGCCUUCCUGAAAUCUACAGUAACGUUUGAAUGUAAGCUGUCGGAAUCACCAUCACCUCUGACCUUUGAACUCAUAAAGGGCAAUGAUGAGGUCCUUGCCAUAAACGAUAAUCCAAUCACAUUUCCUCUAAAAGUCAACAAGGGGUCAGAGGGCGAGUAUUUUUGCAGAGUGACAGCAAGAAAUCAGACAAGCACAAGCAAUCCAGUGUACUUACAAGUAGUGAUUCCUGUCCAAGGCGUCUCCUUAGUCCCAGAACCCAACCCGGCUGUCAUCUAUGAGGGGGCGGGGUUUAAUAUGAGCUGUGAAGCCAGUAAGGGGACUCACCUCACUUACUCAUGGUACCACAACAAGCAAAAAGUGAUGUCACCCUCACCUCUUCAUCACUUUGCUGGAAACACGCUGACAGUGGAUAGGGCUGCUGAAAGGCAUGCUGGGAGUUACUUAUGUGUGGCUGAAAACAUGAUGGGGAACAACAGUAGAGCCUCCAGCAGUAGGCCGGUCACCGUCGUGGUAAAAAAAUACCUGUCAGCUCCCAGGCUGUCAUUCACACUUUUCUAUAAUGGCUCGAGCUACUAUGCUAACAUCAGCUGUCGGUUGGCCUAUGGUAGCCCUCCAGUGACGUUCCAGCUGCUCCUGAAUGGGAAGCGUGUUGAUGUGCAGCAGGUGGAUUUCCUGGAAGCUUGGUUUUCUCAGCCUGUCACUGUAGGACUGGAUAUGGGUAGAGUACAGUGCAUAGCAGAGAACAACAUCCAGCAGCUUCUCAGUAACUCAAUAGAUCUGGAAGUUGUUCCAGUAACAGGGCCUGCACAUGUCCAAGUGGAGUACCUCUAUAGAGCAGACUCUGCUGUAGCAGCUGCCCUGCUCCAAUGCGUGAUCACCAUGGGGACUUUUCCUAUCUUCUCAUGGUCCUUCAACGGCUCUACCCUACCCCUGGAGGCCAAUUCCCCUACUUUCAUCCAACAUGAACAGGUCCUAGUUCUCACACACAUCAGCCCUGGGAACUCAGGGUAUUACAGCUGUCGAGUGAGGGACAGUUUCAACUCUAACUCAUCCUGGGUGGAGAGUGAGGAGGUCUUGGUGAAGAUGACAGAUUUAACGAUCUUUCGCACGAGCACUGCCACAACAUAUGAAGUUGCUGAUUUAACAACCUCUUUCAACAGCGCAAGCUCUACCACAACAGAUGUAGUUGCUGCUUUUGAAGUGACACAGAUAGAGGUCACUGCUGUGGUCUUCUGCUGCUUCCUGUUUGUGAUGAUUGUGGGAGGAGCUGGCUGUCUCUUUCAGAACAUUAACCCUGAGCGUGAAACAACAGACAACUACCAUCAUGGACACUGCCAUGAACAUUUCAACACUGAGUAUCAUCACGCCAUGCCAGAGACUGUGUUCGAGCCACACGUCGAAGAGAUGGAAACCGUGUUUAUGGAAGUGGAAGUCUAGACUAAGGCAUGAUUGCUAAACAGAGCAAUUGUAUUACAGAUCAAUUCUCACUCAUGAAUAUGAUGAAUAUGUGGACUUGGACAAAUCACUGAGGCAGCCUUGAGAGGAGCCAGACUCCAAAGAGAACCCAUCAUCUUCUGGGUGACACCGAUGGUGGGAUUAUAAAGACAAACAGUAAUAAGUGUGUUGAAAGCAUGUUCAGUGUGAGCAUAUUGUGAAUAAGGGCACAAGUCUUUAUGAUUACAGCAGCAGUUCUUAGAACGUACAAAUCUACAGUAUCAAAUCUACUUCCUUUUCGUUCUUGAACAUACACUACAUUACUGUGAUUAAUUAUUAUUUUUAUACCAAUAAAUUUAUCACAAUUACCAUCCCAAUUAUGUUUUCAUCUAUUAUUCUCAAGAAGUCCUUACCAUAAGAAAAAAUAUCUACUCUUAAUCUGUAAGGAAGUAAAAGACAGCUCAAUGUUCUAUGAAUUAAAGGUGCAGUUAGUGAUUUGAUCUGCUGUUAGCAAAAGCAAAUUCUAUAGAUGUGUAAAAACAAAUACUGUACAGAUCAUCCUUUCAGUGUUUGCACCAAAGCUAAAGCAUCCAAUACACACACACACACACACACACACACAAGGCUAGCCUGAAUGGUAGUGCAAGAGGUGGAACUUUCUGAAGUGACAAGUAACAUGAGUGACAGGCAGGUAAAGACUCCUGAUUGGUUGGAUGUUGGUAGUCCCUAUCGUUCCUCUUGUCCUGUUUACAAAGCCUGUGGCGCAGAAGAGAUCAAAGUUUUCCUCUGAGAAGAUAUUUUAUUGAUAGCAGUGGGAAUGUGAGAACUUUACCAAAUAUUACAAAAAGUGUUUUCCGACUUGAAUAUCAUUGACCACACCUUUAAGAACUGCUGCUUUCUGAGUUCCUUCUCAUAAAUCCUCUAAGGGAGGUUUAAAACAAGAAUGUAAUGUAACAAAGGACGGCGUCAUGAGAAAAGUGUAAUGAGAAAAUAAUACUGACAUUUAGCUAAGGCUUGGCUGAGGUGAAUCAAGAAGACAAGAGCCAUCUAUUGAACAGCAUCAUUGGUUUUUGUUGUUUGUUUUUUUUUUUUGAUAAAAUGAAAUUAUACACUUCAGAAGUAUUUAAUAGCUAGUAUUUCAGUGGCACAUAUCAAAUAGUUCUUUCUCAGGAGCAGAAUUUCCAAAUAUGAGAAUACUGAGUGAUUUCAGAUAGUACUUAAAUACGUAUGUCCAAGGUGUGCAAAUAAGAUUAAGACAAGUAUUUAUUUAGAAUAUUUCUCUCCUUUGGACAAUCCCAAUUUGUAACAACCACUUCUAAGAAUCAUUUUACUGUACAAGAAGGAACACUUAUACUGGAUGUUACAAAAUAUUUUUACUGGAUGUUACUAAAUAUGUUUACUGGUUGUUAUUUACUAAAUAUUUUAAGACAUCUCAGUAUUUUUAUACAGCAUUUCAGGUUGUCCAUGCAUCCACCCGAGAUUCUCAUUAACGCAAUAUCUCAAGAAAGAGUGGUUGAAUGUUUGUAGGAUUUAUAUGGAAUUAUAAUUGUAACAAGCAGAAUUAUAUGGAAUUAUAAUUGUAACUGAUUAGAUUUUGGCAUUCAUGUAAAGAGGAUCAAGGUCCCUUCCUGUUUGUCAUUCAAACAUGUUACUUACACAUUCAUGUUCAGAAACUCAAGGCCUAUUUUUUGGCUAGCUAUGAUUUUUGCCAUCAGUGUGUCCGUCUGUCCAUCCGUUCAUCAGUGCAAUCGAGAUUCGAGAUUCUCGUUAGCACAAUUUUCCAAAACAAGUAGUAGAAUGUUUGUAAAAUUUAUAUGGAAUUAUAAUUGUAACCAGCAGAUGAACUGAUUAAAAUUUGGAAAUGAGCCAAUCAAGGUCACAGCAUGGUCAAAUGUCUCAU